AUGAUUUUGUCUCAAUAUCUAUCCUAUGCCCUAUUGGCAUUCCUCUUACCCUCGGCAACUUUUAGUCGCUCCAUCCGCUCAACCUUUGGGGACAGCACCCAGGGCCCACUUCUGAGGUCAGGAUGUGAUGAUGGCACUGGAAUUGUUGAUCCAGAUGGCAAAUGCAAUGGCACUGGGGUUGUAGACGACCCAAUACCCCAUGACCGAGAAGGGUUCAAGUUUGAGAACCCAUCCACAGAUUGCAAAUAUGCGUCUCAACCGCACAUUUGGGACUCAUUCAAACAUCUUGAGAAAGACAUGAGCAAGCUAUUCACGCUAAUUCACAAAAAUGUCAGCUUCACUGUUGUCGGGCAUCACCCAAUCGCCGGCCGCUACCACGACCUAAUGCACUUCUACGUCAACGCUCUGCGUCGAGUCAGCAUGCUCUUUUUUGACCAUGCAGAUCUGUUUGAGAUCCACCCCCAGGAAAUCUACGGCGGAUGUAACGCUGAAUGGUCAGUGGAGGAGAUUCAGUUCAAAGGCUUGAUGAAUUCUGGCGACAUGUUCGAUAUCAUCAAUGUCUGGUUCACACGCUGGGAUAAUGGCCAGAUGGUCGAGAUCCGCACGUAUAUCGAUGCACCGAUGAUCAUGGAUGCGCUACACAAGAACGAAAUAUGGUGGAAUGGCACAACCCUCCGGGACAAUCUUCAUCGCGAAAGCGCAAAUGUUCCGGUGGGCAACCUUGUAGCACCUGCGCCCAAACUGGAGCGGAAUGUCAAUACAAUGCGCGCAAGAAACGCGCCAGAUCCCAUAGUCUGUACCGAGCGGGCCUCCAACCCUACGGUACAGGCUUCUCCCCGUCGUACAAGCAGUUCCGAGGGCGUUACCAAUUCCCUACAGGCCAAUUCUGGGGCCGCGUUUGUUCGCAAACUUGGGCUCAAAAUUGAUCCGGCACAUGCACCGCGAUUACAGUUGUUUGCCUGGAACAUCGGCGAGAGACCGAAAUCGCCAACACUAUCGUCGGCGCUUCCCUCAGUGCCCAUCACGGUGCCGCCGCCGCCGCCCACUAUCACCAAAAUCAUAUCCCAGGAAGAGAUGCGGCGGUUAGCAGCGAUUUACUUCGAGAAAGUCGAUCCAUGUUAUACAUUUCUGGACCGUAAGACGAUCUUUUAUCGAAUCGCAAAGCGCUGGGAACCUUCGUCAUCUCCUAUUGAUUUUGCGGAACAGCCCAAUGAUGCUGUACUAUGUGGUGUGGCUGCCUUCGGGUAUCUAUUUUCGCGGCGUGAGAUCAUAGGAAUUGAACUUAGACUUAUUGAGACCGCGCGGAUUCUACUGGAUAAGAGCAUUCUCGCAGCGGAAACACCUUCGGUCGACAUCGUGACAGGGUGGGUGUUGCGUGCUGCGUAUCUACGCAUGACAGCCUCUCCACAUGCUGCAUGGAUGGCCAGUUGUACACUGAUGCAUCUCAUCGAAGCUACAGGAUUGCACAUUGAAACAUCAGAUCCCGAAGCAGCAGACCUGCUCCAAGCAUCACCACCCGAGACACAUGGUAGCCAAGAUGGCGACAUGGAACACCAGGGCACCAGCGACCCUGAAACCCGGCGAAGACUCUUUGGCAUGGCUCGCCACCUUAACACAUGGAUUUCCUUCGACCUCGGCCGCUCCCGCGUUGUCCUUCAUGGCGCCACAGCUCUCUCCCCCACAAGCACACCCCCAUCCCGCAACCCACCACAGCAAGCACCACCCCGAGUCCCACGCGCAGACAUCUUCCACCUCCUCCCACUCUCCGAAAAGCUCGACCCAACUGGGCCAUCACCACAAGACCUCCCAGAACUCGAAACAGCCCUCACCUCUGUGCUGGAUAUAAUCUACUCCGAACCCUCGCUAAUCUUAGUCCAAUGCAACCUAAUGCUUUGCAUUUAUCGCCGUCUCCGCGCUCUAAAUCCACACGGCCCACUAUCCUCUAAUCUCCUUGACCGCGUUCUUGCACUGGCAGGCCGCGGGCUCCGUGCCGCUCGAGGAAUGGUCGCCUCAAGCUGCCCCUGGCACCAAGUUGCCAACGUUCCCUUUCAAGUCGUCUGCUCACUUCUAGCGAUUGACAAUCGGGCUGCGUUGGCGCUGCUCGCUGAUGCGAUGAGGACUCUACGCGAAGUUCUCGCUGCCUAUGAUACAACUUCUAUGCGUGUGGCCUACUCUACGGCAUACCUACUUAUUGCGUUGCAUCAGCGGCGAAAGGAGGAUGAUACGCGUGCUCUUGCUGAGGUGUUGCGGGUCAAUGCUGCUGCCGCGGCUCCAGCGGACAACCAGAAAGACAAGCAGAUUGCACAGAUACCGUUGGCCGACCGGAGCCAAAGGCAGGAGCAAGCUGCGCCAGACGCGCUGGUAUCAGAUGCGGAAUUCUCAUGGCUGGGUGAUCUGAUGAUUGAUAUGCCUAGUCUGCAGAACUUUGACCUGGACCAAUUUUUAAUGACGGAUGUUCCAUGGCCUUUACCUGAGAUGGGGAUUUGA